AUGAGGUCUCGUGUGGUGUCCUCCCUCAUUGUGGACAGAAUUCGUGCAAAACCAGAGCUGAAGCCAGUUGAGAUUAUAAACGAGUUCAAAGAUUAUUAUGGUAUAGACAUUUCAUACUACCACGCAUGGUUUGGCAAAGAGUUAGCUAAAUUGGACGUUCACUGUGAUGAGUCGAAGUCCUUCAACGAGUUAGUGUGGUAUGCGGACGCCGUAAAGGAAACUAACACUGGUUCUCUCUGCUCUCUUGAUUGUGAAGCUGGAAUUAAUCGCUUUCGACGGUUUUUUGUGUCUUUUGGCGGUUGCAUUGCUGGAUUUCAAUAUUGCAUACCCUUGUUGUUCAUUGAUGCUACGUUUUUGAAGAGCAAGUACAAGGGGCAGCUUCUCUGUGCUUCGGGAAAGAAUGGAAAUCAAGGAAUGUUAGGAGAAUUGGACUUGGUUUCUUCAACAUUUGGCUUCUAUAUUGCUACCGAUGGGGAGAGUGGUGACUUUUUCUCGGACCGCAAUCAAGGUUUGUUAAAUGCAAUGGGGUUUGUGUUUCCCGGAUGGCCUCAUUCUUACUGUUAUUAUCACCUCAAACAGAAUUUGAUAUCAAAGUACCCAAAGUCAGGUUAUGGGAAACUGCUCCAAGACCGUGUUAUCAAUUUAUUUAGUAGAUGCGCAUAUACUGUUACGGAGGAAGAGUUUAAGGUAGCAAUGGAGGAGUUGGUGAUUGUUGGGAGUUCGAAAGUGAAGGCAUUUAUAUCUGAUUUGUCUAGAGAUCACUAUGCCAACGCAUUUUUCAAAGGAAUGCGUUAUGGGGAGAUGGCAAACAGUUUAGCGGAGUCCUUUAAUAAUUGGGUUGGUGUGUUUCGAGAUUUGCUGGUGCUACCUUUGAUAGAAGGGAUUCGACAGAAAUUGAUGGUAUUGAAUUCUCAACGACGAUUUGAAGCGGAGAAGUGGACAACAGUUUUGUGUCCGGAGAUGGAAACUAGACUCUGUGAAAAUGCGGAGGCCGGUAGGACUUGGGCAGUUCGUCGUUCUAAUUGCACUGUUUUUGAAGUAUUUGCUGAUUAUUAUGUGAUGGUUGAUCUCGAGCAAAGGACUUGUUCUUGCCGUCUUUGGCAAAUUGACGAUAUUGGGAAAGGAUUUGGCAGCAAUGGUUCUGCAGCUGGAGUUGUGCUUCCGCCAAUUACAAAGAGGCCAGCCGGAAGACCACCAACAAAGAGGAUCAAAGUUUUUGGUGAAUUUAAAAGGCCAUUGAAAUGCAGUCGGUGCAGUGUUGCUGGGCACAAUAGAAAGACUUGCAAGGCUAUUAUAUGA